UUCUUUCGAUUUAAUCUUCCUUCGAAUUAGGAAACAGGAGAGAGAGAAAGCAAAAGAGAAGGAAAAGAGCAGAGUGAGCGAGAAAAGAAGGGUCAAGAGAGAAGAGGAUCAAUAGAGAGAAGAAUAAAAGGAAAAGGGAGAAGAGCAAAGAGAGAUCUACUUGGAAGAGAAUGGCGAAGCAGGAUCACAACAACGACAGCAUUCGCAUCCCUAUCGGAGAAUGGAAUUUGCAUAGAGAGGAUGGUAGAAGCAACACCACCACGGCGGCCUUCGCUACAAGAAUCAAUCAAAUAGCCCCCACCCCCACCCAGGUUGGAAGAGCCACCGUGAAUCAAGCACCAGCAACGGCCAACUUCACCGGCAAGCUCGCCAAGUUCCUCUUCCUCGCCCACCUUCUUGCCCUCGCCAUCCUCAUCACCUUCCUGUCCGUCCGUGGCUUCAUGGACCGGGCGCGCGCCUUCCACCCCGUCUACUGGUACGUCCCCCUCUUCACCUCCACCUCAUCCUCCGCCCUCACCGCCCUCCUAUGGCUCCUCCUCACCCUCCGCCACCCUUCCAAAGCCCUCAAGGCCUCCCUCUGGCUCUCCCCAUCCCUCACAUGCGCCGUCGGCAUGCUCCUCCUCGCCAACGGCACCGGCUCCAGUCUGGCCUUCGCGGCUCUCGCCCUCGCCCUAGCUCUCAUCCAGUCCCUCUACGCCUGCUGGAUCGUGCCGCGCCUACCCCAUGCAUACCAGAUCCUCUCCGCCGCAACCCCUGCCUUCCAACCCUCCAUCGCCAUCGUCAAGUACAUCGCCGCCAUGCUCCUCGCUGGCCUCGCGUACUCCUCAUUCUGGAUCCUCGGCGUCGGUGGUGUCGCUGCCGACAAAACCUCGACAUUCGCCCCGCUUUACGUGCUGAUGCUGCUGCUGAGCCUGGCGUGGAGCAUGCAGGUGAUAAGAAACCUGGUUCACGUCGCGGUGGCGCGGGUGGCCUACAUGAAGCUCGCCUGCGGCGCCGAGGCGGUGUUCAGGGUAGCCACCGGCGCGCGGUGGCUCGGGGACGUGUGCUUGGGGGCGGCAGUGGCGCCGGUGGUCGGGGUGGUGAGGGCCUCGGCGCGGGCGAUGGGCCUGGUGGCAGGGGACUCGGACGAAUUCCUAUUCUCGUGCGCCACCUGUUACAUGGGAGUGGCGGACCGACUGGUGGCGUGUGGAAACCGGUGGGGGCUGGUGCACGUGGGGGCGCAUGACAAGGGCUUCGGAAGGGCGUCGGCCGAGACGUGGGAGAUGUUCGUGAAGCAGGGGAUGCGGCGGCUAAUCGACCGCGACGUCACCGGAUCGUUCUGCUUCUUGUGCGGAGUCGCCGGAGGUGCGGCGGCGGCGCUGGUGGCGGGUUGCUGGGUGCUGGCGGUGGAGGGCAGCUACGUGACGGGGAUCACGCUGUAUGCCUUCAUCAUUGGCUAUUUCAUGAUAUGAACCCGAAUACUAAGCAUGGUUCUGAUGGUGAAUGACAGAUUCGGAUUGCCAUGGCCUGGCCUCAGGCGUGUGUGGCUGCGUACCAUGUGGCAUAUGCAGAGAACCCACAGAACAGCCGUCUAGGUUCGUUGAUACCCAAUAGAAUAGGGGAGCUGCAAACCUCUCUCGACUGAAACAGAUUUUGAUGAGGUCACCGUGUACAUCUUCAGCCAUGCGUUGUGGCCGCAGUUACCCAACUGGCUGCUGCUUUGCGGAACUCGGCAUUCGCGGCCAGGAUACAGAUGGCAGCAAUACUAAUUCUGCUUGUCAAGUUCAUCAACUUAAAUGACGUUGAUAGAUAUUUUUCACUUUUUAUUUGCAUCAAGUUACCAGCACGUAUC